AGUCCACACCGCGUCAUCCAUUGUUUACAAAUCCACCCUGGUUGUGCGGCGCAGGGACCGCGCACCGCACCGCACCGGGAGGACGGACAGCACGCACCGCCAGCAUGCCGUGUCGGAAGGAGGACUACAUCUUUCUGGAGCAGUCCGUGUCCGUGGACUCUAAGGAGGUGGACGCGCUGGUGAGCCGCAUCGGGGAGGCGCUGCAGCUGCACGGCGGCGGAGGAAGCGUGGCCGGAACCCCGCAACAGAGACGCUGCGGGAGGCUGCGGGGCCACGGAGGAGGAGGAGGAGGAGGAGGGAGAGGAGGGAGAGGGGCUCCCUACUGCAUGUCCGGGAGGAAGAGGAGGGUGGAGGUGGACGUGGAGGAGCACGACCCGCACCGGCUGCUGCAGGAGCUGCUGCUGUCCGGGAACCUGGUGAAGGAGGCCGUGAGGAGGCUGCAGUUCUCCCCCGCAGACUGUGCGGGCUGUGCGGGGGCAGAGCCGAGCUGAGAGGAGCAGGGCUGGAGGAGGAGGAGGUGUAACGGACUGGAGGAGGAGGAGGAGGUGGAGGAGGAGGUGGUGGAGUUUAUUCAUGGAACCCUUUAUUCUGUCUGAUCUGUUGGGGUUAACAUGACACACAUCAGAGAGAGAGAGAGUGUGUGUGUGUGUGUGUGUGUGUGUGUGUGUGUGUGUGUGUGUGUGUGUGUGUGUGUGUGUGUGAGAGUGAAUGUGUGUGUG